CCAAACACACACACAAUCACUACCAGCAACAACAACAAUAUCUAAUCGCCUCAUCCAUGAACACACACAACCAACCGAGGCCAAUGAGUAGUAGUUGGAAACGAUAAUGGUGGACCUGGGUGCAACAGAGACAGCACGAUAGGGGGAGAGAAUAGCAUAACCGAGUUUUUGGGGUGGUUUUACAACACAUCGACUGAAUGGAUGCAGAGCGAGCCGCCAAGCAACCAGCAGCAAGUCAGGCAAGCAAUGUAUGUGUCUGCUCUGGCUGGCCCAUAUGCAGGCAAAGCGCUAUGGGAUUUGAGUGGUGGAAUGAGAGAGAUUUGUGUGAUGUGUCGUUAGGUCGAAAUGGUCGAGUCGGGUCGGGUCGUGUACCUUUUGCCACGAAUGUUUUGUCAGUCAGGCUCUAAGAGGCCUUACGAAAACAGCUGAGAUUUUCGCUGCUCGCAUGACGCGCAUUUUCUGACAAACGAAAUUUACAAAGAGCAAAAAAAAAGCAAAGAAAGAAUAAAACAAACUUAGAAAUUUUUCAAACCAAAAAAGAAAUUUAAGAAAAAUUUAAAGUUUUGAAAAAAAAUCUAAAGAAAAAAUUGAAAAGCAAAGCAAAUAAAAAAAAUUAUUUAAAGAGAGAAAAAAAAUAUUUUUCCAAGUGCAAAGAAAAAAAAUCACAAAAGAAAAUUUUAAAGAAAAGUGUUGCCGAUUUUGAAGUUUUCCAAAUAAAAUAUUUUGGCCCAGAGCAAUGUAAAUGGAAAAAAAUAAGCCAAAUUUGUGAAAAAUAUGAAAAUUUUGUGAAAAUCUCAAGGCAAUUGUUUUGUGCAAAUCGAGGAAAAUUGGAUUUUCGUAUCAACGCUUUUUUUUGGAAAUUACCAUUACCACAAACUUAACAAAAGACCGUUGUCCUCCACUCUUUGGUGGUCACGGCUUUGCCAAUUAACAAUCAAAAGUGCAUUCUUCGUACAACAACAACAACAUCAACGCCAACACCUGUACGCCCACAUCCGCCAAAAUGAUUACACACAACUCCUUGAGUGUCUAUGGUGGCGGCGUUAUGUGUGCCUCCCCCUCCACCGCACCCGGUUUCUUCAAUCACAGACCGCAAUCGGGCGCCGAGCUAUCCGCCUUUGAACUGGGCCUACCACGUUCCAUGGCCCUGGGCGUACCACCACCCACAGCCUGGCAUGAUCCCAAUUUGGGUGGCCAUUUGCAUGCCUCCGCCGGUCCCGGUUCAUUGGCCAGUGCCCAGACAAAUCAGGCCGGUUCCGUGGGCACCGGCGGCGGUACAACACCCUCCAGUGUGGCCAGCCACCAAUCGGUGGGCAUCAAACAAGAUCUAUCCGCCCUUACGAAUUCCUCAAACCAGCAAUCGAAUCAACAUCAACAAAACUCCUCCGCCGCCGCCGCUGCUGCAGCCACCCACCAUACAAUCAAAGAAGAUCUGUCCGCCAUGAACACGGUCAGCAAUAGCGUUGGAGGUCAUCAUGCCUCAUCAGCGUCGGCAAAUCAACACACCGGCAGUCAUGAUAUGAGUUCGCUGAUGAAAUCGUCACAAUCACAGUGCCUGGUUGGCGGUAGCAGUGGUGGUGGUGGUCAUGGGGGUCAAAAUCAGGCCGGCAACGGGGGUAGUACAACACCCAGUUCACAGGCCAAUAGUUCACAUUCGCAAAGCAGUAAUAGCGGUUCCCAAAUCGAUCCCAAACAGAAUAUUGAGUGUGUCGUGUGCGGUGAUAAGAGUUCGGGUAAACACUAUGGCCAAUUCACAUGUGAAGGUUGCAAAUCAUUCUUCAAACGUUCGGUGCGUCGCAAUCUAACCUACUCCUGUCGGGGGAGCAGAAAUUGUCCCAUCGAUCAGCAUCAUCGGAAUCAAUGCCAAUAUUGCCGCCUCAGAAAGUGCCUCAAAAUGGGAAUGAGACGUGAAGCUGUUCAACGUGGACGCGUCCCUCCUACACAGCCCGGUCUGGCUGGCAUGCACGGCCAAUAUCAAUUGGCCAAUGGCGAUCCCAUGGGUGUUGCUGGCUUCAAUGGCCAUUCGUACCUUAGUUCCUAUAUCUCAUUACUCCUGCGUGCCGAACCCUAUCCCACCUCCCGCUAUGGCCAGUGUAUGCAACCGAACAAUAUUAUGGGCAUCGAUAAUAUCUGUGAAUUGGCUGCCCGUCUGCUCUUCUCGGCCGUUGAGUGGGCCAAAAACAUACCCUUCUUCCCCGAACUACAAGUUACCGAUCAAGUGGCUCUGCUGCGUUUGGUGUGGUCCGAACUCUUCGUCCUCAAUGCCAGCCAGUGUUCAAUGCCUCUGCAUGUGGCACCGCUGUUGGCGGCUGCUGGUCUCCAUGCCUCUCCGAUGGCGGCGGAUCGUGUUGUUGCAUUUAUGGAUCACAUACGCAUCUUCCAGGAACAGGUGGAGAAGCUGAAAGCUUUGCAUGUCGAUUCGGCUGAGUACUCGUGUCUGAAGGCGAUUGUGCUGUUUACCACCGAUGCCUGCGGUCUAUCAGAUGUCAACCACAUAGAAUCCCUGCAAGAAAAGUCACAAUGCGCUUUGGAGGAAUAUUGCCGAACGCAAUAUCCAAAUCAGCCAACACGUUUUGGAAAAUUACUGUUAAGGCUGCCAUCGCUGAGAACCGUGUCAUCACAAGUCAUCGAGCAAUUAUUUUUUGUGCGUCUAGUCGGUAAAACACCCAUCGAGACAUUGAUACGCGACAUGCUGUUGUCCGGCAAUAGUUUCUCCUGGCCUUAUUUACCAUCGAUGUGACACACAAUGUGGAGACAAUUGAC